AUGAAGAAGUCUUACACAGGAGUCACACGGACCUCCAGCGGCCGUCUCCGGAAGCUUGGUGACCCAACUGGCCCGGCCUUGAAAAGAUCUUUUGAGGUCGAGGAGGUCGAGACGCCCAACUCCACCCCACCCCGGAGGGUCCAGACGCCCCUGCUCCGGUCCUCUGUGGCCAGCUCCACACAGAAAUUCCAGGACCUGGGUGUGAAGAACUCAGAGCCUGCAGCCCGCCAUGUAGACUCCCUGAGCCAGCGAUCCCCCAAGGCUGCCCUGCGGAGGGUCGAGCUCUCCGGGCCCAAGGCUGAGCCUGUGUCCCGGCGCACCGAGAUCUCCAUCGACAUCUCGUCCAAGCAGGUAGAGAACGCCGGCACCGCUGGGCCAUCCCGGUUCGGGCUCAAGCGGGCCGAGGCGCUGGGCCACAAGACGCCAGAGCCCGCCCCCAGGAGGACGGAGAUCACCAUAGUCAAGCCCCAGGAGUCAGCCCACCGGAGGAUGGAGACCCCCGCCUCUAAGAUGCCCGAGGUGCCCGCUGCCCCCGCCGCUGACGCAGCCCCCAAGAGGGUCGAGAUCCAGGUGCCCAAGCCAGCCGAGGGGCCCGCCUCCCCCAUCCCACCCCAGACCCUGGAGAAUUCAGAACUCGCCCCGAUGUCUCAGCUGCAGAGCAGGCUGGAGCCCAAGCCCCAGCCCCCCGUGGCCGAGAUCCCACCCAAGAGCCACGAGGCCACCGAGGCAGCUCCCAGCAGCGCUGGCGAAAUGGCCGACACCCCCAGAGAUGCCACACUCAAGCAGCCGCCCGCGCCGCGGAACGAGAAGGCCUCUGUGGACUUCGGCUACGUGGGGAUCGACUCCAUCCUGGAGCAGAUGCGCAGGAAGGCCAUGAAGCAGGGCUUCGAGUUCAACAUCAUGGUGGUGGGGCAGAGCGGUUUGGGAAAGUCUACCUUGAUCAACACCCUCUUCAAAUCCAAGAUCAGCCGGAAGUCAGUGCAGCCCACCUCGGAGGAGCGCAUCCCUAAGACCAUUGAGAUCAAGUCCAUCACACACGAUAUUGAGGAGAAGGGCGUCCGCAUGAAGCUGACGGUCAUCGACACGCCGGGCUUCGGGGACCACAUCAACAAUGAGAAUUGCUGGCAGCCCAUCAUGAAGUUCAUCAACGACCAAUACGAGAAGUACCUGCAAGAGGAGGUCAACAUCAACCGGAAGAAGCGCAUCCCGGACACCCGCGUCCACUGCUGCCUGUACUUCAUCCCCGCCACCGGCCACUCCCUCAGGCCCCUGGACAUCGAGUUCAUGAAGCGCCUGAGCAAAGUGGUCAACAUCGUCCCGGUCAUCGCCAAGGCCGACACGCUGACCCUGGAGGAGAGGGUCUACUUCAAACAGCGGAUCACUGCGGACCUGCUGUCCAAUGGCAUUGACGUGUACCCCCAGAAGGAGUUUGACGAGGACUCUGAGGACCGGCUGGUGAACGAGAAGUUCCGGGAGAUGAUUCCGUUUGCUGUGGUGGGCAGUGACCACGAGUACCAAGUGAAUGGGAAGAGGAUCCUUGGAAGGAAAACCAAGUGGGGCACCAUUGAAGUCGAGAACACCACUCACUGUGAGUUUGCUUACCUGCGGGACCUCCUUAUCAGGACACACAUGCAGAACAUCAAAGACAUCACCAGCACCAUCCACUUCGAGGCCUACCGCGUGAAGCGUCUGCAUGAGGGCAGCAGCGCCGUGGCCAACGGCGUCGAGGAGAAGGCGCCCGAAGCCCAGGAGAUGUAG